GGCCCGGCCCUUUACAGAAGGAGAGUUUAUCAAAAACUGUAUGCUUAAAGUUUGUGACGCAGUGUGCCCAGACAAAAGACAACUAUUCUCAAAUGUGAGCUUGAGCAGAAACACCGUUGCUGAACGUGUAGACCAGCUUUCCACCAAUAUAAAAUAACAACUUGUGAGUAAGGGAAAAGAUUUCAUUGCAUAUUCUCUUGCUGUGGAUGAGAGCACGAACACAUCUGACAUUGCCCAGCUGUCAAUUUUUGUCCGUGGAGUACACUCCAGCCUGAGCAUAACACAAGAGUGUUUGGCAUUACGUCCUAUGCAUGGCACAACUACAGGACAGGAUUUGUAUGAAGAGGUAUCCAGAUGUGUAAAUGAGAUGGGGCUGCCUUGGGAAAAACUUGUGGGAUUAACCACAGACGGAGCACCCGCAAUGUGUGGACACAGGAGUGGAUUGGUGGCAAGGAUGCGUGAGAGGAUGUGGGAGGAAAACGUCACAGAUGAGCUGACAGCUUAUCACUGCAUCAUACACCAAGAGUCGUUGUGUGGCAAAGCCUUGAAAAUGGAACAUGUAAUGAGCACCAUAACGCGAGCAGUUAACAUCAUCAGAGCCAAAGGUUUAAAUCACCGCCAGUUCAAGGCAUUUCUGGGCGAGUUAGAUACAGAGUAUGGUGACUUACCGUAUCACACAGAGGUGCGAUGGCUAAGCCGGGGAAAGGUGCUGCAAAGAUGUUUCGAGCUGCGUGAGGAGAUCUGUCUGUUCAUGGAAAGCAAGGGGAAAGACACAACAGAGCUCCAAGAUGAAACUUUCCUGUGUGAAAUGGCGUUGCUCUGCGACAUCACGAGCCAUCUGAAUGUGAUGAAUCUGCAGCUGCAGGGACGUGGAUGUGUUAUCUCUGAAAUGUACAGUACAGUGAAGGCCUUUAAAACCAAGCUGAGUCUGAGGGAGACGCAGAUGAGGAAAGAAAACUUGAGCCACUUUUCCAGUUGCCAGACCAUGAAAGAGAAGCUCUCUUUCGCUGUGUUCCCAAGUGCACAGUUUGCUGAUAAACUCAACAUACUUGCCGCCGACUUUCAACGCCGAUUUGCUGACUUUGAAGCCCAAAAAAGCAGGUUUGAACCUCUCAGCAAUCCCAUUGCAGUCGAUGUAGAAAGCGCACCACCAAAUCUACAAAUGGAGUUGAUUGAGCUCCAGUGCAAUGACACACUGAAGGAAAAAUAUGAGAGAGUGGGUGUUGCUGAGUUUGCACGUUUCAUCCCAGACACAAUGCCCCAGUUGCGCUUCCAGGCUGUUUGGACGCUCUCUAUGUUUGGCAGCACAUACCUGUGUGAACAACUUUUCUCUUUAAUGAAGCUAAUCUAA